AUGGCUACAUUCACGGUUUUAAUGCUGGUGGGUUUUUGGUUUUGGAUUGAUGGCGGGUCGGGUUUGGAGCAAGAGGCUCCGUAUAGGAUCCAUACUUUGUUCUCUGUGGAGUGCCAGAAUUACUUUGAUUGGCAAACAGUGGGGCUCAUGCAUAGUUUCAAGAAGGCACAGCAACCCGGACCUAUUACCAGAUUAUUGAGUUGUACGGAUGAGGAGAAGAAGAACUAUAGAGGGAUGCAUUUAGCACCAACUUUUGAAGUUCCUUCUAUGAGUAGACAUCCCAAAACUGGUGAUUGGUACCCUGCAAUCAACAAACCUGCUGGAAUAGUCCACUGGCUUAAACAUAGUAAAGAUGCAGAUAACGUUGAUUGGGUUGUCAUUUUAGAUGCAGACAUGAUCAUUAGAGGUCCAAUUAUCCCUUGGGAACUUGGUGCAGAGAAAGGCAGGCCUGUUGCUGCAUAUUAUGGGUAUUUGGUUGGAUGUGACAAUAUUUUAGCUAAAUUGCACACAAGGCACCCCGAACUCUGUGACAAGGUUGGCGGGCUUUUAGCCAUGCACAUAGAUGAUCUUCGAGCGUUGGCACCCAUGUGGCUUUCAAAGACAGAAGAAGUGCGUGGAGAUAGAGCUCACUGGGGAACCAAUAUAACCGGCGACAUCUAUGGGCAAGGAUGGAUAAGUGAGAUGUAUGGCUACUCAUUUGGUGCGGCUGAAGUUGGACUUCGGCACAAGAUUAGUGAUGACCUGAUGAUCUAUCCGGGCUAUAUUCCACGAAAGAAUGUUGAGCCUAUUCUUAUACACUAUGGCUUACCAUUUAGUGUGGGGAAUUGGUCUUUUAGUAAAUUGGAUCACCACGAAGAUGAUAUCGUCUAUGAUUGUGGUCGGCUAUUUCCUGAGCCUCCUUAUCCUAGAGAGGUGCGGUUGAUGGCAUCUGAUUUGGAUAAAAGGCGAGCCUUAUUUUUAAAUUUAGAGUGUAUAAACACUUUGAAUGAGGGUCUUUUGUUACAGCAUGCUUCAAAUGGAUGUUCUAAGCCCAAAUGGUCAAGGUACUUGAGCUUUUUAAAGAGCAAAACUUUUGCUGAUCUAACUCGGCCAAAAUUUCUUGCUUCUGGUAGUAUAGAAACCAAGGAGGCUGCAAACCAGCAGCAGGCUGUUGAUGAUUCUGAGAGACCACAUCCAAAAAUCCACACCAUAUUUUCCACAGAAUGCAUUCCUUACUUUGAUUGGCAGACUGUGGGCCUUGUCCACAGUUUCCACCUGAGUGGUCAGCCUGGAAAUAUAACACGGCUUCUCAGCUGUACGGAUGAAGACUUAAAACGAUAUGCAGGACACGAUCUUGCUCCCACCCAUUAUGUUCCUUCCAUGAGCCGCCAUCCCCUGACAGGCGAUUGGUAUCCAGCAAUUAAUAAACCAGCUGCUGUCCUUCAUUGGCUUAAUCAUGCUGAUAUUGACGCUGAAUUUAUAGUUAUUCUUGAUGCUGACAUGAUUUUGAGAGGUCCAAUUACACCAUGGGAGUUCAAAGCUGCACGUGGCCGUCCUGUUUCAACUCCCUAUGACUACCUUAUUGGUUGUGACAAUGAGCUUGCUAAACUCCAUACAAGCCAUCCGGAAGCUUGUGACAAGGUUGGGGGUGUGAUCAUCAUGCAUAUAGAUGAUCUCAGAAAAUUUGCCAUGCUAUGGUUGCAUAAGACCGAGGAGGUGCGGGCUGACAAAGCUCAUUAUGCUACAAAUAUCACUGGAGAUAUUUAUGCAUCAGGCUGGAUUAGUGAGAUGUAUGGUUACUCAUUUGGUGCAGCAGAGCUGAAACUGCAGCACCACAUAAACAGCGAGAUUUUAAUAUAUCCAGGUUAUGUCCCUGAGCGUGGUGUUAAGUAUAGGGUUUUCCACUAUGGUUUAGAGUUUAAAGUUGGGAAUUGGAGCUUUGACAAGGCAAACUGGAGAGAUAUUGAUGUGGUCAACAAAUGCUGGGCUAAGUUUCCAGAUCCGCCCGACCCUUCAACACUCGAUCGGUCUGAUGAGAAUAGCUUCAAAAGAGACCUACUUAGCAUAGAAUGUGGAAAGACACUAAAUAAAGCUCUAGACCUGCAUCAUAAGAAGAGAAAUUGCCCUGAUCCCCACUCCUUAUCCACCUCAAAGCAGGAUAAGGGGAAGGAAGAUUCAAGUUCAAGGAAAUUUGGCAGGAUUGAUGGACGUAAUGCUGUGAGAAGUAACCCUGUGCCCACAAAAAAAUUCGAGGAAUCAUCUCCACCUGUUCCAAAAGAAAGGCUAUUUGGUUCUUUGAGGUUCUGGGCUGUUGCUCUAUGGGUGAUUUCGGGUUUAGGUUUCUUGGCUGUCAUGUUCAUGGUGUUUUCAGGCCGUAGAAGCAAGGGAAGUAAGAGUAAAACUUAUAAAAGCAGAAGAAGAUCAUCUUACUCGGGAUUCAUGGAUAUGAGUGGCCGUGAUCGGGUUCUUCGCAAUACUGAAACAUCUUUGUAA